CCAUUGUAAACAAACGUUGCCGUCUUUGGGUCGCGUAAUUUUGAACCAUGCCGUUGGCCUUAACUAAAAUGCUUGUUGUAAUGUAUCAGAUCGUUAUUAAUGUGAUAACCAUAUAUGUGUUGUGAUAUUUAAUGUAUGGCCGGCAUAUUAAAGUGUAAUCAGCGUGAAAUUACUUCAAUUUAGGCCGCAGUAGGCCUUUUUUUUACGAAGGAGUUCAAUAUGGAAGAUAUUGAAGUGAUAAAGGAAAUUGGGCGUGGAAGCUAUGGGUCUGUGUGGUUGGUCUCAAGAAUUACUGACCGUCGACUUCUAGUUCUCAAAUCUGUCAAACUUUCACACCUAAAUUCAGAAGAAGAAAAGACUGCCAGACAAGAAGUACAUAUUCUGGCAGGACUGAAGCACCCUAAUAUUGUUUCAUACAAGGGCUCCUUUGAAAUGAAUCAUCAUUUGCACUUGCUGAUGACAUACUGUGAAGGAGGAGAUCUCUUCACAAAAAUUCGUCAUCAGCACCGUACUCUCUUUCCGGAGCAGCAGAUAAUACGCUGGUUCAUUCAGAUCACAAUGGCACUGCAGUACCUCCAUUCUCACAACAUCCUUCAUCGAGACUUGAAGACUCAGAAUAUUUUCUUAACUCGGUCCGGUCUUAUUAAACUGGGAGAUUUUGGCAUUGCCCGUGUGUUGAACUCCUCAAUGGACCUGGCAACAACGAUGAUUGGCACACCAUAUUACAUGAGUCCAGAAUUAUUUUCUGGGAUCCCAUAUAGCUACAAGAGUGAUGUUUGGGCCCUUGGCUGUUGUUUAUAUGAAUUGAUAACUCUGAAGCAUGCAUUCGUUGCUCGUGAUUUGUCGGCACUUAUCUGUCGAAUAUCCAGGGGAAAGGUUGAAGGUAUAUCUUCCAAGUACACAGAUGAAUUGCGAAGCCUCGUUCUCUCCUUGUUAAGCCGCAGCCCUAAUCUCCGUCCUAGUGCUUCCCAGAUUUUGCACAAACCUUUUAUACGGGAACAUAUUUCAACCUUCCUUAAGGAUACAACUGCUCCAUCAUGUGUAGAUGAUAAGAAAGACUUUGAGCUUCCUUCUAAGGUCAGUUUACGAUAUAUACAGAAAAAUAAAAAUUUUGAAUGCAGACAUAUUGAGGAAGAAAAACAUUUUGAAUGCCAUGUGCCCAAUGUACUUGUUAAAAGAUGCUGUGAGGUUUUGCCUACAGAGUUUGCAUCUUUGCACAUAGCUGGAGAUAAAAUGAAAUUAGAGAAUCGAUCUCGGAUGGAGGUUAAGCCUAGUGGAGUGAAGGAAUGUCAGUGUAAACGUCGAGAAAAGAUCGACGUACAUGCAGCCUGUCAAAUUGGAUCACAAUCUCGUAGAAGAAGACGCAUCAAAAGGGCACCAUCUUCUGAAAGUGAACCUCAUGAAAAUUUUAGCAGUUCUAUACCAUUUCAGGGUCUUGAUGAAUCUCCAGUAAAUUCUAGGUUGCCAGAAAAUGAUUUGCCUUAUCUUUCUUCAUCUGCUAGGGUAAGGAGGAGACAAAGAAGGGACAAGGAAAUUGAUAUUAAAGUUCUCAGUGAUCUGCCAGCUGAACCUAAUCUAGUAGAGCUUAAUUCUAAUAAUGACAAGACCAAAGUAUGCGAUUCCAGCAGCAGUGAAGGAGAAUGCAACAGUGAAAAUUCUCCCAGGACACAAGAUGCAGAAGCAGCAAGCACAGAAAAGGCUUCUCCUAUCAAAUCAGACGACAUUGAUGACUUUGUCAGCAUGCUUGAUACGACACUUAAGGAUUCAUUCAACUUUGAGAGUGAUACAACAGAAAAUAUGAGAAAUAAGGUUACUGUUACUAGUGAUUGUGGCAUGGACCUUUCUUGCAGGCUGUCAAUGUUAGAAGAAACGUUGAUGAAAAGUGUUGAUGAGGAGCAAGCUGCGUUGAUCUUGUCCGUGGUCAAGUCUGGCUUCUGGGAUGAUUGGGAUGAACAGCACAACCAGGCGCGUAAUAUACUUGGUGACCAAAAGUUUGCUGCUGUGUCAUCAACGCUUUGUCAUCUCAAGCUGUGUUACUGUUUUAUGCAGGAAUGAUAAAAUUGUGCUAAUUGUGAGUUAUUAUAUGAUUGUCGUCCAGUUUCUGCCACAUAAGUGGAAGUAUCAUUAUUAUUGCAGAAUUUUUCCCAUAUUGGGAUGUACUAUUUCAUGAUUGUCCUUCAUAGCAGUUUCUGAAAGUCUUUCCAGCAUCAUUGUCAUCCAAUAGAGAAUUUAUUUAAUUAUUUAUUAUGUCUGUGUUUGUGAAUAAAAACUAUUUCAUAUACGUACAGAGAGAACCUCUUUAGCUCAAAUUGACUGAUUCUGAAGCUGCAGUAAAUCAGGAUCAUGAUCAUAACAUUAAUAAUCAUAUAAUCUUCAUUACUGCUGCAAACAUUCUCAGAAGUCUAGACCUCUAUCUUGGUAAUCUGCAAAGAGACUGUAAUUUUUCAAGGCAAAAAAUAAUAUACUAAUUUUAAAC